AUGCCUUCUCAAGGUCAAAGCUGGUGGGCUCGCCACUGCACUCCUCGCCCUCCCAUCAACCCCGUCGUCGUCUGCACCUGCCACUACUGCUACAACAAGCCCGCCGAAGAGCUCGACUAUCCCAAAUCGUCCAAUAGCUCUGCCACCGCCACGCCUGCCCAGUCUCGACCAGUCAGCCCCCGGGCCUCGACUUCGUCUGUCUACGGCAAGCAGUAA